UUUUUUUUUAAAAUGCCUUUUAAGAAAGAUAUACAACUUCUAUUAAAGCCCUAUUAUUUUAUAAAUAUUUUACUCAGUCUUUCGUACAUUGUCUCUAAACGUAUCCCAAUUAUAUGUAAUUAUGCAUUUGCGCAAAAUGAGUGUGAACUUGAUGGGAAAGAGACAGAGAUACUAUUUUUUCUCAUGAUAGUUAUAAUGAUAAGGACACGGAAAACUGGAAGUGUGACUAUGAUAAGUUAUUUAUCAUCUAGCUUUGUAUAUACUAAAAUUGCCAACUUGAUUCUUUGGUUUUAUGCCGACAUUCGCAUGGGAAUAAUAUUUGCCAUCAUAUUCAUCUUAUGUGGUUUAAUGUUUCCUGAACCAACAUAUCAAGGUCCAGAAAAAGUAAUCUAUUUACAUGGUGCUAGUGGAUUGCAAGAGGAAUUGCGCCGUGACACAAGAAUUGUGUGGUUAAUUGCAUUUUACACAGCAUGGAACCCAGCUUGUGUUAACUUUGCACCAAUAUUCUCUGAACUUUCAGCAGAAUAUGCUUUAGAAAAUCUGAAAUUCGGGAAAGUAGACAUAGGGAGAUAUCCAGAUGCUGCAGUGAAGUAUCACAUUAGUGAUGCUAGUACUAGUAAACAGCUUCCCACAUUAAUCUUGUUUAAGGAAGGAAAAGAAACAGAAAGACGUCCACAUGCAGAUCACAAAGGCAAACUGAUUAAAUUCCUCUUCUCAUUAGAUAACAUAAAAGCAGCUUUUGAUCUAAACAAUAUUUAUAGAGAUUGUAAAAAGAAUCCAAUCAAGAAAAAGGAAAAGAAAGCAGUAAAGGCAGAGUGACCUAGUUAGUCUUUCUAAUUGUUUGUUAAAACGUUACUGAUGUCAUAGCA